CAAUUCCAAUCCUGAAUUCAAGGUAAUGUCCCUUUUUUUUCCUGAUUGCGCCAAUCUCAUCUUUUGUCUUCUUAAUUCUUAUAUUUAUUUUGUAUUGGGGAAGUUUGUUAGGCUGAUUAAGUUUGUUGGAUUCCAUUUCCUAUUUGUUGCUCUAAUUUACCCAUAGCUAAGGUUUUCUUGUUCUGUUUUCAGAACACUGGCUCGACAUUGCAUAUUUUCGUGGUUGCUUGUUAUUAUUGAGAACCAUUCGUUACGAAACUUGCUGCAAAAAUACCGCCGUCGAAAAAUUCCCUUUAUUAGCUGAACAGAACAGAAGGGGAAGGGAGUUGCCAACUGUUUCAUAUUUAGAUUUGAGUCGGGCUUCAACCCUUUGAAACUCUCGUUUUGGAGGCACAAUGCUAGAUGUUGAAUCCCGGCAGAUCGAACCGAAGGACAACAUUAUUCAAAUAUAUUCGGGAUUCAUGACAAAGGUUGCUCAAUUUGAAGAGCUCAUGUCAUCCGGGAGCACUUUACUCGGCGGCUUUCAGCAAGCUCUCGGGUUUUUGGGGCGGCCAUCAAUUAGCAAAACAUCACCACUGGUAGAGCAUAUUGUUGAGGCUCACGGCUCGAGAAGAAUAUUGUCCUACGUGGAAUCGGGAUGUGUAAACAGUCACGACAGUGUACAGAAUGUGAGCAAACUGCACAAGUGCCAUAUUGGACUUAAGGACCAUAUCAAUCGAUCUAAAAUUGUUAUUAAUGAACUCGAAGGCCUUCUGGAUGAUGCAGCUUCGGUCAUGCAAACUUGUGGGAAAAAAGAAGAUGAAGACUUGAGUUAUGAUUCGGAUAUUCUUAUUACUUUGAGCGAUAGAGAGAAAUUUACGAGACGGGAAGUUGCCGAUUAUGCUGCCAUGAUGGCUUUUGUGUACAGUAUGGUGAAACAAGAUUAUGCAAUGCAGUUCCGAAUAGUGUCCUCACUAAGCUACAAAUCUUCUUCGUCUGGGGAGCUGGAGACGUAUUGCCAAAUGUGGGCUCUACGGCCGUUUGUGGAUGAUGACGUGAUGCAGCAAGCUUGGGAUCUUGUUUCGUAACCCUAUUUUUUUGCAUGUUUUUGGGGUGUGGGUUAAAGUUGUGGUUUAAAUACCAAUCAGCGUGUGAUUUUUUAUUGCGAGAUUAACCUUCCAUUUUUGUUGUUUGGAGCAGACUAGAAUGCCCUCCAACAAGUGUGUUUUGGGCGGCCGGAGGACACUUGUUCGGUUCUUUGUUUGUUUAGUUUCACGACACUGUAAUUUUGCCAUUAACAAUAACAGUGAAUGUCAUUUGUUCGUUUUUGUUUUAAAUGCAUAUUCUGCAACUGCAAGAAUUAUACAAAGUGUGGUUGAAACUCUUUGGAAUUAUUAUCUCUUUUUGUUUCUGCAAGAGCUCGGAAGAUAUCACUUCUGCAAGAACAUAACAGGAGAUGAGACAAAUUCAGU